UUUAGAACUGAUCGAAACCUACCUUGUGGAUCGUGAUCAGCUGUGUGGGGUGCCGCGGGUCCGGGUGAAGUGUUUCGAACAACGCAAUGCCAUACUGGUACGUAACGUAGAUUUUGUGAUGAGAUUGUUCCGUACGCAAAAUAGGGUAGUUUUAUCAAGCAAGGUCGAGCUAGCGCCAGCUAGCAAACAGGAAAUGAAGGCAACAGUUUUGUUCCAGUAAGAAAGUUUGUUGUUCAACACGGCGCCAGGGACCAGUUGCAUUAGUGGCUAGUUCAGCAUUAAUUUUGUUCUGUCUGGCCGCAGUCUCAGAUCAGCCAGGUUCCGCGUGGGCCAUCGACUUGUUGUUUCUGACCAUUUUCAUUUUAUUUUUACAAAGUUUGCAUGACAGAGCUGAGAGUCGAAAAAGAUCAAAGCAUCGCCGAGGGGUCGAGGGCAGGCAAUCGUAUCACCAGUGGCUAACGCAGAGAGUUGCGCGGAAAGCAGAUUCUAAUUCCGCGGAAUCGCGGCAUCGAAUGGCUGACGGACGAUGGCGGAGAGAGAUAUUCGGCGCGUGUGUAAAACGUGCUAUUACGCCACGUUGAACACAGGCAGUCCGCGGCUGACUACCGUAGAACAGACAAGCAGUAGCAGCAGCAGCAGCAGCAAUGAAAGACAGUGUAAGGUGUGUGGGCAUGUGUGGCAGACCGUUCGCGUGGUCAAGGGCUCGUGGAACAAGUGGCGAAUUGUUCAGGACCGGCCCUCGGACCCAGUCUACCUGGUGUGCUCGAGGAGCAACGACUGCGCGGACGACAACUGCAAGAUGGCACACAACAACGACGAGCUGGCCGUGUGGAAGACGGAGCGCGAUCGCGAGUGCGGCGUGGACGAGGCGCGACCUCGUCCGUUCCCGGAGUCGAUCCUGACCACCGCCACCGGCACGCUGUCCGUUAUGGACGUACGCGUUGAAAGCUGUCGGGCGUACUGUCAGUACGGCCAAUGUUCCAGCGGCCAGCACUGCACGUACGCGCACACCGUGUCCGAGCUCAAGAGCUGGAGAGAGGAACUGCAGCGGCGGCAGGCCUCGUUUGGACCCGCAGUGCCCGCUCCCGUCACGGACCAUCGUCACGGCAACCGCGCGAGCGCGCGGAUCCGACCGCGACCGAAGAUGCCGUGGAUACGGCGAUUUCAGAUAUGCUUCAGCGUCGCGCACCGCACGCCUUGCCAUAACGGAGAUCGGUGUACGUAUGCGCACUCGGAAGAGGAGCGGAUGCAGUGGAAUAACCCGCUGAUCAACAUUCGCAUGCCGGGUCGCGGUGGUGCGAGUACUGGUCCGCAGGAAUGGAGUUUCAUCGAGGAGAUUCGUCAGCAGAUCAGUUGUCUUUCGCCGAGAGAGGUUAUGCGGGACAAGAACAAUGUGGAGAUCCGGGUGGAAGGCAGUGAAUCGAACUUCAUACGCACCUCUAACCCGACGAUGAUUGCUUGGAAGUUUGCCAUCCGUCUCCCACAUGGUGGCAGCUGCAUGUUGCAGUCCGUGAUCCUGGCCGAAUCCAAAGUCAAGAACGUAACGAUCAAGUCGGCGGCACAGUACAGCAACGGCAAGCUGGAACAGACCUACAAUCCAGUUUCCAGCGGCCAAGGCAUUCUCAUCCAGUCCAAGAUCUCCGCCAAGACAUUUGUCUUUAUCAAGAUAGUGUAUCAACCGCAAACGGCCAACACCAGGCAAAUCGUAGUGUUCCAGUUUCAGGGUUUCCGGAUUGGCCGUCCCAUCGUCGUGGAGUACACGUCUCCGGAAAGUCAACUCUCACAGGACAGCGUGGCCAGCACAAGGACCCGGCUGAAAAGCCAGGAGCAGCGCGCCAAGGCAACUCUCAUCAACAGCAGGAGUUUGUUUUGGGAGGAGCAGUUUGAGUUGGUGGCGUACGCCACGAGCACACUGGAUUGCCACUCGGAUCUGCCAUCCUAUCCUAUACCCUGUGAAAUACAUGAUCAGUUGAAGAAGGGUGAAUUUGACAACCAGGAGAACGAACUCACGGAGCGUAAUUACCGUGGCUGCCUACACAUACUGCUGUUCAUUGAGGAAGUCGAGCGAAGAGCACGCUUUCAGAGAUUUGACUUGUACGGUGUGGAGAUGGAGUUCGGUGAGAGUAUGCAGAUCGACAAAGGUCGCAUGGUUUCUGUGGGUGUUGAAGAUGCUCGUCUCUGCAUGGUCACCCUCAAUGUGGAUAUCGAUGAUCAUGAGCUUUCACUCAGUACGUGGUGUACAGCUCUCAUCCGUCCUAUCACUGAUGACCAGCAAUCAUCGCCAGUCGUCUAUGAAGCAGCCCUGGAAGCUCUGGGCAGUAAUGCUGUCAUCAUGAAGUUGCCACUCAGCUCUGUGGAAAAAUGCUCCAAUGUGAAAGUGGACAUUCGCUUCAGCAUGUAUCGCGAUGAUUUCCGCCGCUAUCACCAUGCUAUCGAUCAGCUAUCUCUCGACGUUGUCUUCCCACGGCUUGAUCGUGCUCCGGAAGAAAUGCUGACCGCUGCUCCGAAGAUCCUCAAUGAGAGAGGUCUUGAGAACGAAAUCAAGCAUAAUGUGCUGAACGAGAGUCAACAGGCUGUUCUCGAUAGCAUGCUCAAACUGGAGAACAGACAUAUUCCCACCAUUCUGUCUGGACCGUUCGGCACGGGAAAAACCCGUUCGCUCGUCGAAGCAGUGCUCCUUCUUCUGCAGUAUUUGCCGGCAGCUAAAGUACUCGUCUGCACACACGUCAACGUCACAGCCGAUAACUAUGUCAAAGAUCUGCAUGCCAAGUGGACGGGUUUAGGCGGAACUAAGCUGUCUAUGCUUCGCUUUCUGCCGCCUUCACGCCGUGUCAACACUGUGGAUGUGGGCAUACGACAAUACUGCAAGGUAUCUGAGGGUGGCAAGCAGUUUGUGUAUCCGGAUGUGAAUGAACUGCUAGCGUGCCAGUGCGUUGUGACUGCCGUCAGCUCUGCUGACCAGCUGCUCUUCAUGGGCGUGCCAAAGACUCACUUCACGCACAUCAUCAUUGAUGAAACUGCUCAGAUGAUUGAGCCGAGUGCUAUCAUACCGUUGUCUCUUGCCAGCCUCGGCUGCAAGAUUGUUUUGGCUGGCGACACGAUGCAGGUUGAGCCAGUCGUUCAGUCUUCCAUUGCAAGAAAGUACAAUCUCCAUCGCUCGGUCCUGGAGCGUCUCUACUUUCACCCGGUGUAUGAAGCUGUGCCCAUGCUGCGUAUUGAUCUGCUGCUCAACUAUCGCUGUGUGCGCGAGAUCCUAGAACUGGCAUCGGAUCUCUUCUACCAGGGGCGUGUGCGCCACUGUCAUGUUAAGAAAGCCGGUGGACCGCAGGAUAGAUCACCGUUGACGUUUAUCAACGUGUCAGGGUCAGAGUGCCGCAAUUCAGACUCGCCGUCCUUUUUCAACUCUGAUGAAUCAACAGCAGUCAUACAAGAGGUGCGCAAGUUUGUUGAUGGUGGACUGCAACAGGAUGAGAUUGGAGUGGUCACACCGUAUGCCAAGCAAGUUGAGCUCAUUCGCGGUGGACUGCGGCGCAAGAAACUGUACUCUGUCCGUGUAAUGACGAUGAGAGCACUGCAAGGUCACGAGUUCCGUGCUGUCAUAGCAACCACAGUGCGUACGUGUGGCUCCGACAAGGACCGCAAUCCCGAUGAUCCUAUGCUUGGAUUUUUGUCUGGACCGAAGAUAUUCAACACGCUGGUGACACGUGCCGAAGAGUGGCUGGUUGUCGUUGGUAACGCCAUGACGCUGAUCACCGUGGGCAACAACAGAGGGCAUUGGAAUCACUUCUUGACGCGCAGCAGCCGCUUAGCUGGGUUCUACAGCGACACGAACGAAGACUUUGCCACUCUGUGUGAGAAGACUUCCAGUAUGCAUGACAUGAUUGCGAAUGCGACGGACCCGGAGUACAUGCCUAGAGAUCUUCCACGGGCCAGCACACUACCUGGAAACCAAGCCUCUAUACAAAUGAUUCGGGCGGCAGACCCCGAGAAGCGAAAGAGGAUGUUCUGGGCUUACUUGGAACCUGAUGUUCGGGAGCUCUACCCUCUCAACUAUCAUCAGAUAUUGGGUGUGCUGGUUGGCUGGGAGGUUGAGGAUCUGUUUGACAUGCUAGCAGAUGGCUGGCUUAUGAAGUCUAAAGUGGAAGAAGUGGCACUGGACCUUGGUGUGGCAGUAGUUCCGGAAAGGGACAUACUGGAUGAUCUGGGUGAUAUUCUCCACGACAGCAGUCUUGAACUGUCAGGGAAUUUAGGCCUCCCACCGCCACCAGCAGCAGCAGCCUUAUCUGCACAGCAGCAGGAUUAUCAAUUUCAGCGCGGUGUGCGCCCGGUGCCCAGCAGACUGUCCACAAGUGCCGCUGAGUUCACACCGCAGGGCUUCAUGCAACAACAACAGGCCAUGCAGGCAACGCCGCCGCCCGACAACAACGGCGAUGCGUCGUCGUCCGCAGGUUCCUUGAUGCACCAGGGUGGUGACCCUUCGCUCACAGGUGUCAACUCUACUCAUUAUGAUCAGAUGCUGCCGCCGAUGGAUCAGCCAGCGCCACCGCAGCCGUCUUCUAGUGUUGCUACUGCUGUUAAUGGCAGUGGCGGUGAUGAGAUGUCCACACCGACGUGGAAUGCUGAUGCUAAUGUUGAAGAUCAUCUGCGUGCAAUUCUCGGCCAGGAGAACCACGUUAUGAUGGACAUCGGUGAUCUCGUUACGCUUCUGAAGGAGCGGGUAAUGCGUCAGUUAGGCAUUGUGCCAAGUAUGACUGACUCUGUGGUUAACCCAGGGCAACUUGUCCAGGUUCUGAUCAAAAUGAGUCAUGUCUUGGAUCGGCAAGCUAAACACCUCGCUGAUCGCAGAAACCUGCUGGCACUCCAGCAAGCGGAUCAUGACCAGUUGUGUGAUCUUGCGCACGAGCACAGGGCUGUGUUGGGCAAGUUAGAUGAGCUUGCGCUUUCCAGCGAUCCACUGCUAACCGAUGGUCAGCAGCAGCAACAGCAGCAACCGCUUCCUGGUCACCAGCGGCAACAGCAGGCACCGGCAAUUGCACCACAGCAGGAUGAUCUUCCACAGCACCCCAAGCAGCAGCAGCAGCAGCAGCAGCAAGAUAGUUCCUCGCACGCACAUGAACAAAACGAACAGCAGCAGCAGCGACAGCAGCAGCUACAGCAGCAGCAAGACGGUACACUGUCAGCACAACAGGCACAGCAAAGGAGACCUCAGACCCGGUCACAGACAGUGCAGCAGCAGCAGCAGCGACGUACCAGCAGUGAUAUGGCAUCACACGCACAAACACAACCAUUCCCAACACCAUCAUUAUCGUCGCUAUCGACAAGAGACCACCGCGACAGCUCCAUACCUCCUGGAUACUAUGCCCAAUACCAUAAUGCAACAGCAGCAGCACAAGGUCCAAGACACGCUGCUCCUCAGGCAAUGACAAUGCCGGGAAUGCACGCAUUGCCACAUCGGAACGCGUCUGCUACUGCUGCUGCUUCUGGUGCCUACUCUCCUCUUACGCAGCGGCAGGCGAAUCCUUAUUUGGCAGCAGGCAAUCUUGGCCGGGGCGGUGCACGACCCUCCUUGCUAGGUCCAGGUUAUCAGCAUGCAGUACCAGUAGCGGCUGCUGGUCAAGCAUUACCUAGCUACGCACCGUCACGAUAUCAUCUACCCGGUCUACCUAGGCCAGUGAGUAUGCUGCCUCCUCCUGGUGCACAGCAUCCUGCCACUGCCACCACCGGCGCUCGACCUAGACUCUCUCAUCCGUGAGAUAUGAAUACAAGUUCAUCAUUGGGCGGCGGUUCACACCAUUAGCCUCAGGCCGAUCACAUUCAAGAAGGUAGUAUCACACGAAGACAGUGCUACACGUACGCGCCCUUCUUCUCCUGUCAACUCUUCAGUUUGUUUUGAUCAAUCAGUUCUUGAUGUCCGAACGCUUUGAACUGCGCGAAAAUCCGCCAAGUUUCAACUCUGAGCCGCCAUCAUAGGGCCUGAAAGAUUUCACGUAAUAUAAUUCUGCUAUACAGUGAUGCUAUUCAUCUGUACCUGCUGUACCUGCUGUUAGAUCAUGGCUCUGCUGUUCAAUCAUGGCUUCUUUUUUCUCUCCCUCUCUGUGCUUUUAAAAUUUAUUAUGUAUGUGUACGUAUUAAUGAGCUGUUGUAGUAAUAGUAUUUCUCUUAGUCCUAGUACUAGCAGGGUAGUACUAGCGGGGUAGUACUAGCGGGGUAGUACUAGCGGGGAUGAGUGGGCCGUGCAGGCACAGUGAUGAACCACGCUAACAGUUCAUGUCCAAAAUGAUAAAUGACAACAACUACAACAACAUAAUUAUUAUGUCAAAUGUUUUCUAUGGAUUUUUUUGUUGAUUGUUUUAAAGAGUGCUGUGAUUUCUACAUACUUGUUUUACUUGUUGACAUGACGUGUACGCAGGCCAGUAAAGCCUGUAAUGCAAAUGUACAUGCUAUCUUCGCCGUGCACACAGCUGUUCCCCGCGUUGAUUUGCUACAUUCACCCCCACCGCCGCGCACACACGCCUACUACUGAUCCUGAGCUGCUGUCCUGCUGCGAGCAUGUGAUGUGCGUUUUAGUUUUUCAGCGCGACUCGAUUUUCUCGACGGCAAGGAACGCACGCCUCUCCCUUGCCUGCCUGCACACACACACACACACACACACGCACACACACACACACACACACACACACACACACACACACACACACACACACACACACACACACACACACACACACACACACACACACCUAUUUACAAUGGUAGAAGACUUUUUUCUUUUUUCUUGUUUUGCCAUCACUUCUAGCGAGCGAGUACUAGUAGUACUCGUACCGGAUGCAGGAUUUCCUUGUCACAUUUUAAAAUUGUUUUUUGUUUGAAGAAAAAAUAGAAGAUUCCGGCUCAA